ACUAGCAACAAUUUUUUGUUGUAAAAUCAAUGGUAACAACGUGUUUUUCUCUUUCAGAAAUAAAACAAUAUGAAAACUAGCGAUGACAAACCUAAAGAAAUCGAACACAAUAUAAAUGGAAAUACCGGUGACGUAAAAAUUGCAAAGAUAGAUGUUAAGGUUUCCGAAGAAUCACCGGAUGCUUUUAAAAACCAGAAAAAUGAUACAUCAAUACAAAACGAUAAAUAUAAAGAAGAAGACAAUGUUGAAGACGCAACACAAGACUCAGAACAAUCUGGCGCGCAAUCUGGCGCCACAAAACAAAAUACAGCUAAUGAAAAAGGCGAUACAGCAGUCGAUACUGCUGACCAGAAUACCACAGACUCACAUAUAAUUAAGGCUGAAGAACGCAAAAAUAAGAAAAGCAUAAAGGAGUCUAAAAACUCACAAGGAAAACAAAAGGCUUCAAAUAAUAAUAAAAAAGACGAUCGUGGAGAAGUUAGCAGAGCGAAGCAAGAAAAUGAUGAGCAGGAGUCAUCUGGAAAACAAAAUCUUUUAAACGGUGAAAUUAUGAAUAGGACUAAAAUUAAGGACGUGCCUCAUAGUACACCUAAGAAAGAAAAUAUCAAUAUCAGCGAUACAAACCUUAGCAGUAGUAGCGAGAGCGUAAAACUCGAAGGAAAACGAAACACGGCCAUGGUGGUACGAACGUAUAACGAAACAAAAGACACGCAGGAUGGUCAAAGUUAUAGUGAAGAUUUUUCGCUAGAUGGAGAUUUUCGUUUAAAUGUGACGCAGUGUAGAUGCAUGCCUAAACGUUAUGUUCUAGCCAUACUUAGUUUUUUUGGAUUUUUUAAUGUUUAUUGUUUACGAGUAGAUUUGAGCGUCGCCUUGGUAGCGAUGACUAAUAACCACACGAGAGUGAAAACAGAUGGGACUGAAUAUUGGGUACCAGCGGAGUUUGAAUGGAACAGUCAACUACAAGGUCACAUACUCUCUGCAUUUUAUUAUGGCUAUCUGAUAACACAAAUUCCUGGAGGUUACAUAGCUGCAAGAUUUGGCGGAAAAACAUUAUUUGGAAUGGCCAUCUUGUUUAGUGCAAUUUUCACCUUGUUAACACCCAUGGCUUCUAGAAAACACUGGUCCUUGUUGUUUGGGUUGAGGUUUUUGGAAGGACUGUGUGAGGGCUGCAUUUAUCCUGCGAUGUAUUCAAUAUGGAGUAGAUGGGCACCUCCUGUAGAGAGAGCAAAGCUAGUUACAAUACCUCAUUCAGGUUCAUAUUCUGGUUCAGUCGCAGGCACGUUAAUAGCUGGUUAUCUUUGUGAACUAUGUGGAUGGGCAUGGGUGUUCUACUUGUUCGGUUUGUUUGCAUUGCUUUGGGUUGUCAUAUGGCAGAUAAUGGUGAGCGAUUCUCCUGAAGACGAUCGCCAUAUUUCAGUUCAAGAAAAAAACAUGAUCGUAGAAAGUUUGAAAGAAGACCAAACCUCUCAUUUGGUGAAAGGUCCGCUUCCUUGGUGUCAAAUCUUCACUUCCAUGCCAUUCUUAGCUAUUCUUGUUGCACACACAUGCGAAGGUUGGGGCUUUAAUAUGCUUCAAACUUCGCUACCAAAAUAUCUUGCAGAAGCGAUGGAUUUUAGGAUUUCAAAGUCUGCGGAAUACACAGCUAUUAUGUAUCUGGUGAUGGGAAUGACUGUGUUUCUAGCUGGUCAACUUUCUGAUUGCUUCAGACAGAACACAUGGCUGACUGCUACCAUGCUUCGGAAGUCUUUCACAAUCAUAGGUUUUUCAUUCAACGCUAUCACAUUUCUUAUCUCCGCUCAGAUGACUGUUGCCCAGUACGCUGUCAUUACUUUAAUCAUCGGCGCAGGUAUAGAAAGCUUGGCAUGGGUCGGCUUUGGAAUAAAUCAUUUAGACAUUGCUCCAAGAUUUGCUAGUAUAUUAUUUGGAAUUACAAACACGUGUGCAACCAUUCCUGGAAUUCUAGCGCCUCUACUGGUAGGGGCCAUCACAAGUACAAGGGAAAAGGCUGCCUGGGAUGCGGUAUUUUACAUGUCAUCCUUUAUGUUCCUUGUGGGUGCAGUCUUUUAUGGGUUUUUCGCCUCUGCGCAAAGACAAUCUUGGGCGGAUGAUAAUUACAUUACGGAUGACGAAGAAGAAAAUUUAAUAGCAGAAUAACUUGUAACUUUUUGUAUGUUAGAAUGUAAAAUGAAGUAGCUUGGAAAAUUUAAACAGUAUGAUUAUUAUGUAUUCUAGCUAUAUACAUAUUGGUUAUGAAAUUGAAAUAUAAAUAUAUAAUAAUCCA